GACCGCGGCGAAUGCGUCAUCCCGGGCACCACCUAGGCAGCUCCAACGUACCACAGCAUCAGCAAAACUUGCCGAGAUGGGCCAAGGAUCCUCAGCAGAUAGCCAUCCGCUUUCCUUAGAACAGCUCAGUCACGAUCUCGCCCAUCGCUUUGCCCAGAAAUGCUACACCCCUCUCGAGCUCUACUGCUUCAACUCCGUCUUCCGAUCCCUCGCAGACUCUGAAUCUGGAAUUCGAUACUGGAGUGAAGCUACACUAUGCCGCUUCCUGGAGCUCCCAGACGCGCUGGGCGUCGGCUCUGUUGUCUUCCAUAUGGCCAGCUAUCUUGGCGCGUUCCCGUUCCCUAGCCAGGCUCCGGCGAUCCUUACGGCCGAAGCGAUGUUGAAGGUGGUUACCAUACUCACGGAGAGGUACGGUUCUGUGAUAAAGAGACGAGGGCGUGAAAUGUGGUUGAGGGAGCUAUACCGAAGCUUAGCUGUCUACGAUCGAGGACUGGGCUCUCGAUCUGGAGACGCAGAGAAGGAAAGCAGUCUGGAAAAGUCUGGGAACGAGGCAGGCGUGCCAAAUAUUGGAGGAGGCAGCAGUCAAGGCUUCGCCGUAGAUCAGCCUAUCGAUGACGACGAGGAUGAAGAUGAGGAAGAUGAGCUGAUUCUAGCAGCACUGGACUCAAUGGAUGCUACAGAAGUGUUCAAGCACGGCGAGACAUCGAAUGUACAUCACUCGAUAAUACCAACGGAUAAUUUCCUGAAAAUGGUCGAGCUACUGCUUCUUAUCGCCCCAAUAGACCCUCAGCAAAGCUUGUCCACUCUCGCGCCUGAGAUAUCUGACAAGCGUAUCUCUGGACUGAGGAAUACUGCCAAUAUGAUACUCUCGUCUUUUGGCGUGGAACAACAUCCUGGCGUCACUUUCAAGACCUUCACGGCUGUAAUCUCGUCAUCACUGCCGUAUCUCUUCGAUGGCCUAAAUCCCUUAUUCGAACACUUCCUUUUCGCAAAGGACUUUGAUCUGUCCAAGCGCAAAUCUUCUACAGUACCAAAAGUCCCAGAGGUCGCCCCUGUAAUUCCAGAUAACCUGCCUCUACCUGAGCCUAUACUCAGAGAAGCUGGCGAAAUCCUGGAUCUUAACGUUCUCAGCCAACUCUCAUUCUUCAUCAAAGGCACAAAUUUGUUCCGGCGUCUGCGCCCACUGUAUUCUGGUAACAAAGCUGGCUUUAGUAUGGGUUCCUUCGAAAAAGCCGUCUUCAACUGGCGAGCCCCGUCCCUCCUCCUCGUAUCCGGCACCCUUCUCCCAGCCAGUCCUACAAACGCACGAGAGCGUACCUUAUCCGACUCUUUACCCCCAGCACGUCUUCACAACAGCAUCGCUCUCACCCCUUCCCUAAACGCAGAAAGCACUACGCUGACAUUCGGCGCCUAUAUCCCCGGCCACUGGAGACAAAGCCACAAGACCUGCUUCGGCGACCCCGGAACCACCCUCUUCCAACUAGCACCCACUCACGACGUGUUUCCAGCUUCCCACUUUAGCACCGACUACAUCUACUUCAAUAAACCGCCCACACGGCCUUCGGGUCUUGGUUUCGGCUCUGCACUACCGCACCAGACGCAGUCACUUCACGGGCAGGGCGGUGCACUACACAUACCCCUCGGCCCAGUAUCCUUGCAUCUCGACGACGCGCUCGAAUUUGGUAUCUUCACGCACCUUGCCUCAGGCGGUGGAUCAUUCCACACAUCGCAGCUACCUUGCCGUAAAAACAAAGAUUGGCAGGAUAGGUUCGAAAUUGAGUCGUUGGAGGUUUGGGGAUGUGGUGGAGAUGAAGAAGCAGAAGCGCAGAGGAAAGAGUAUGCGUGGCAGGAACGUGAGGCUGAGAACCGGCGGAGAGUCAAUCUAGGAACGGGAGAUAUCGAUGCGGAUCGGGAGUUGUUGAAGAUGGCGGGACUGAUUGGGGGUGGUAUGAGUGGUGGAAGUGUUUGAUAGCUGGUCUACAAGAAGGCUUUUAGGUUCAUCAUAGUAGUGGGAAGUUUGGGCCCUGGAUCUCUGAGACGAUGGCGAUGAAUAAUGACAACGAUUGAUCAAGGCUUCUUGGGACACAAAUUGUGGAUGUACACGCAGCCUGCAACCAAGCAAAGAGUUGUAUUUUACAGUCUCCAUCAUCAUUCGAUGGCCCAACGCCAGUUAUGCUACCUAGACAUGUAAUAU